UUGAAACAAAUUUUACAACAUUGAUAACAUAAAUUCUCGGUUUACCCGUACUCCUAACACAGCUAUCUACACUCGAACGAACCUCUUAUAUAUAUGUAUGUGUGCAUAUGCAUGUAUGCAUGUGUCUUACUAUACACAAUUUUCACAUGCCACUUACGCAAAGAUCAAGUGAAGUGACGUAAUAAUAAAAACCUUGCGCUUCGUAACAUUGAUUAGACGCAUCUGUCAUUCUUUCCUAUAAAUACGUUUAGUUCCGAUUGUUUAUAUUGUUAGUUUGUUCAUUUUAUGCCAAAACAAAGAGAGUCCAACUCUCGCUGGCCGGCUUCUUAGCGUUUAGUUUCAGUGUAACGCCACGUAUCAGUGCCGUGUGAUGUGAGAAUUGUAAGCAUUCAUUAUAAUCAGUAGACUUCUGAUUUUGAUUGCUUUGAUGAUAAAGCGACGGUCAAUAAAUUGUCGUCUCGGCACUCUGUACACUCUGCAGUAAAUCAUCUUAGAUGUUUGCUCCCUUUAGUUGAGUGAAGAGUGUUGACACUGUAGGUAAGCGUUUAGCGUGCCGCUCGUUUAUUACUUUCAAUUAGUGACGGGUAGACUGACUGCACGUAUUUGUGUGCUGUAAGCAAUUAAAAUGCAAGCGUGGUUACGUAUUUCAUUGCUGUUAUGGGUUUUCGGAUUUUUUCGAGAAUUUCGUCCAUCAGAGCCGUUUGUUACGGAAUAUCUGAGCGGUCCGUGGCACAACAUCACUGCUGAGCAGGUGAAUAAAGAGAUUUAUCCCUUUGGCACUUAUGCUGUACUAGCGCAACUAGCCGUGAUCUUCCUUAUCACCGACAUUCUACGCUAUAAACCGAUUAUUAUUUUGUCGGCUUGCACCGGUAUAAUACUUUUCGCCAUUCUAUUGUGGACAAAUUUAAUAUGGGAAUUGCAAAUUGGACAGGUAUUUUAUGGUACCUUUAUGGCAACCGAAGUAGCCUACUACACAUACAUAUAUGCGAAAGUGGAUAAGGAGCGUUAUCAAAUUGUUACUGGUCACACGCGUUCUGCGAUUUUAUGUGGCAAGUUCCUAGGUGGUGUUUUUGCACAAGUUUUUGUCUCUACGGAGCUAAUGGAUUACAAGGACUUACAUUAUGUUUCUUUCGGUUCACAAAUUAUAUCGCUCUGUAUAGCGUUGCUUUUGCCACCGGUACGUAAAAGUUUGUAUUUUUAUACAGAUUCAGGAUCUGAACUCUUGGAUGUGACUGCGAAAAAUAAUGCGGAAGAUCAGAAUGUGCAAACAGAAGUUCCGCCAACAAAAGGCACGAUCUCAGUUAGUACUUCCGUCUCAAAUGGUAUCUCUACAAUGUCGCCACGAUUCUCCUGGACCAGGGCAUAUGAAUUACUUAUAAAUCACAUUGUUAGUGCUUAUACUAAUCGCACAGUGAUUCGUUGGAGUUUUUGGUGGGCUUUAGCCACAUGUGGACAGGUGCAAGUGAUUUGUUACGUGCAGUUUUUAUGGAAGGAUAUAGAGCCGUCCAACGAGAGUUUUUACAAUGGCGGAGUAGAGGCGAUUGUAACACUUUUAGGAGCUGGUAGCGCUAUGCUGGCUGGCAUAGCUAAGACAAGUCAUCACAAAAAGUGGCAUAUGUGGAUAUUGACCGUUUGCUCAUUGUUUAUGGGUGUAUUCACUAUCGUCUCUUCGUUAACGAAUUCAGUUUGGAUUGCCUAUGUGAUGUACAUACUUUUCGGUGUUUUUUACUUUUUCAUUAUAACCACGGCUAGUGCCAUAGUAGCAGAGAAUUUAUCUGAGGAUAGUUUUGGCUUAAUUUUCGGUAUUAAUACUCUUGUAGCACUUGUGCUACAAACUAUCCUCACCGUUGUGGUAGUUACUGAUGCGGGUUUUGGUCUACAACCACGUGAACAAUUUUUUGUAUAUGGCUGCUAUUUUAUAGUACUUGCAAUUAUGUACUUUGGUGCUGUUAUUAUACGUUUUAUCUUAAAUAAACUUCAAUGCUGUGAUAAUGGUAAUUCAGCGAUUCAGGAAUGAAUAGAUAAUUUUUAAGCAAAUAUUGGGCUCAAGAAGUUUUUAAGGCUCAGGAACUGUGUACUUACAUAGAUAUAAUUAUUUGUAUAUAUAAAUAGUAAAUUUACUUCGAGUAUACAUAUGUA